CUUCCAUUCAUUAAUGACAACAUCCCUAUUACUUCGGGUCUCCUCAACAAGGUCUAGACAACCUGCAGUCAUUCUUGCUCGCCCAUCUCGCGAAAUGCCUAGCACACUAAUUCUUGUAGACACAACGUCGAGCUCUUCAUCGCUCUCUCGGUCCAACCAUGAGAAGAAAACUGAACUAGACAUGCUUUCAGCACGCCACGUAGUUGAGGAUGACGACCUCACAAUACGUCCUAGUCGACGCAAACCACCUCCGAAGAUUCCCAAACAGCACGUCAUUACAAAUACAAUCACGUCCUACCUGUCCAAAUCCGACAGUCCUGAAGAGGUGGUCUCGGUCACUAUAAACAGCUCGCCGGAGAUGUCUUUCAUGUUGCACAAACCCCUCCGUAAUCGAUCAUCAUUCGAAGAAAAUGCACCCGAAGCUUCACAAGACAUCAUGGACGCACACGAAUUCUUCAAGAUCAUUAAGAACCCACAGACGAAGAAUUACAAAGACGUGCUUCCAUUCCUCAUCACGAGACGAAAGAAGUUCUUCAAGAAACGUCUGUGGGUCGUACGAACUACGCUAAAAGCUAUGAACGGGGAAUGGAACACCCUGGACAUCCCCCUCUCGAUACACGAGGAGUUUUCGAGUUUUAGCAGUAUCGCGUGCGCGCGUUUUGGUGCGGUGCCGCCUGUGGACGUCCUCAUCAUGUUGUCCGCAGAGAUUCAGACAUGCGCGCGCGUCAACAUUGAUGCAGUACCGAUGGGGCGGCUGGUACAGAUUUUUGACCGCAUGUUUGAGGAUUGCCAUUUGCUUUUGCGGUCACGCACUCUUGCGAAGGUGCCGCCGAGGUCAGGGGUUGCUGCUGCGAAGUCCGCCAUGGAGAGGUUUCUGCCGCUUUCAGGCGGGGUGGACUAUUUGAUAAAGUUUUGUCGGAACACUUUUUCUGGGCGAGAGGUCCGUUACCAGUGGGCCGAUAGGGGUUGUUUCGAGGAUUGGGUUGGAUGGGAUUAAUAGGAGGGAUAAUACACCAGUUUCUGGUUUGUAGGAAUGGCACGGAACGCAAUUAGAGUCAUCGUAGACGCAAUAAUUCUUGUAGGAUACUUUGUAGAAGUUUGGCAAUGCAACUUGAUC